UGACAUGUGCAAAACAUUUAACGCCAUUAUUCACUUCCAUGAGGUAAUUUUGGCCACCAUUGUACUACUCGAUAUCUCUGUUCAAUAAAGUUUAGGUGGAUGAUUAAGUAUUUAGUAUGAGAUACACUUGGAAUGUGGAACGUCAAUAAUAGGCUUGUACUCAUUUGAUUUUACAAAGUUUGAGUCAUUGUUAGUAAAAAGCGUAGAAUAAAAUACAGAUUCAAUCAGGUGGUCACAGACUCCUACCGUUCCUUACAUUGUAUCAAAGGGUAUUUAAAGAGUUGUUUAAUAUACCUUUAAAAAAUAUAAUAGCACAAUAAAUCGGUGAACCCGUUACUUAAAAAAUACCAAAAUGACCACAAAUUCCACUGCAGUAGAAAUACUUGCUAGAGAAAUUUUUGCCCUAAGAGAGGACAACGACAAAUUCCAAGACCAUAUUUACAUAGUCGCUGGCGUACUUGGCGGAGUUUGUUUGAUUUUAUUGCUUUCCAUCGUGAUAAUGACUGUGGUUGCUUUCAGGCUCAGCAAAAAAAUUGUGGAAGUGGAAGAAAAUAGGCGAAUUGCUGAUGAAUUAAAAGCUCGUAAAUUCUCCGCAUACACAGGAGAGGAAGUCCACAGGCGAUUACAAUCUGCUGCCCCCAUCAACAACAACAAGGAUUCCGAGUAUGCAUUUAACAACCCAGUGACCUCAGAGUAUCAGCUCGGUGCCGUGCCUAAAAAAUUUUAAUUGAGUAGAAAACGUUCAUAAUGUUUUCACAAUUUAUUUCGUACUAUUCAAUUUACUUUUUUAUACAUGUCCACACUGUAAUAAUUUACUAAAGUAUAUCAAUAACUUGACCAGCAUCGUACUUAAAAGUGAGAGUAGCACACAUACAUUUAGUGUGUAAUACUAAUAUUGUACUGUAGAAUUCUCCAUAUACGUUAUAUGUACAUACACGCCCUCCGUUAUGGUUUGUGUGAUUGGUCUGCAGACAGACCACUUCCCUUCUCUUAUCGUGAAAUAAAAAUCGUCUUAAUAUUUAAAGUUA